UCUGCUAAAUUAUUAAAUACCAGACUGCAAGGCUCUGGCUAUAUAGCAUGAGGUAAUCGUUACAGCCCUGUUUGUUUGAUGCGUUCCUGUGUGCCAACAAGUGGAAAUGUGUUUUGGAAAUAUAGAUAUCAAGUGUGUGUUUAUUGUCCCUCUUGUAAUUUUUUAAAAUAGUGACACUUUUUGGGCAUCGAACUAGGAUAGAAGGACUCACUUAGAGUUAAUCAUGCAAUAAAGUGACGUUCAGGAUAUAUCUUGACAAAGCAUACUGUUUGAAAGGCCUGUAGAUCUGUUUCGGUGACGUAGCUGUAAAAGUGAUUUCUUAUGAUGGGUGGUUAUAUGGCAACAUUGACAAAGUCGAUCUAUUGGAUCCACAGCGGAUUAAGGCGAUCGACCAUGAGAGCAGGAUUUAAGCACCUGUCUAUGUCUCAAUAAUCCCAUACUUGUAAUAUCUUAACAGCCGAAAGGAGCGAUCGAUCCGCUGCAACCUGUAUACGCAUAGCAGGCGAUGGACAGAUAUUCCGUCGAAGGCGGUGUUUUGGCUUUACAGUGACGUUUUAAGGCAGGUCUUGGUCAAACCUACCAAUGAUACAAGUCGGUUCUAUUCUGCUGGGACUGAUCGCAAUGAGCGGGUGUCGGAGCUCUGCACGGCAAAGGAGCAACCACAGCGAGACGAGGCGACUAAGGGGAUGCGGCAUCGGUACGCGGGAGCUGUCCAUCAGCACCACAUCCCCGACGAAAAGCAAGCAAGCAGCAAGCAGAGCCGAGACCCAGACGCUCCUGUUUUCAGCCUGCCGCCCCCGCCCUCUUCUCACCACCGAGACCGCACUUCGACUACCGCCGCUCAACGCCAGAGCCUCCAGGAGCUCCCGUGUCUGAGCCAGCCCUCUCGGCGACCUGUUCACAGCGGCGACCCUCUACCUCUGGCGAGCCACGACACCGCCCAGCGACCUUCCCACCGAGCCGGUGAACCCAGCACCGGGCAGCCGGUGCACCUGCAGCAGGAUCCCUGGGCCCCGGCCGGCUCUCAGCAGCAGCAACCGCCGCAGUCGGAGAAGCAGCCUGUUUUUCCGAGCUGCCACUGCAGUUUUUCCGAGCAGGAGGCGAGCCUUUCUCAAAACCAUCACCAUCCUGCCGAUCCUCUCCCACCGCAGCCCUCCCCACCUUUUCCGCCUCCUAUACCGCCGCCACCAACGUCGUCCUCCUCCUCUCUGCUGUUUCCCCGGGAAUCUAAAAGGGGGGAUCGUCUCCAAAGGAGUGCCAAUAAUUACCAACAGGCAAGCAUCGUGGAACGCUGCAGGGGAGGAGGAGGAGCAGGAGGGCACCGAGACCACAGGCAGUUGUUGCAGCAACAGCAGCAGCAGCAGCAACAGCAUCAACAGCACAGUCAUUUAAGACUCCAACAGAGGGACCCCUCCCCUGAAGGAACCCGUGCAAACUCGCAGAAAGGGGGCUCUUUAAAUGUAUGUGAGUCAACCGAGGCUAACAGGAGAGCAUUCGAGUCUCAGACUCAGGACCUGCAGCAGCAGCAGCAGCAGCAGCAGCAGCAGCAGCAACAGAUCCCACAAUUACGAGCGCAGCAACAGCUACUGGUGGGGAGCAGCUUGCCUAUCAACUACUGCGCCAGCGGCUCAGGAGAGCUAUGUAGGACUCACCAGGCUCCACUGCUGCAACAGCAAGAGCAGCAGCAGCAGCGGCAAGGCGCACUGGGGCUCAGUCCCCAGCGUCCGCAGCACUGUGAACAAGACCGCAAUAAGUCUGGGAGGAUCACCGCGCAAGGCGACCAGGCGCAGCCACACAGCCGCGACUCCCGCGUAACACCCCCGGUAACACAACAGGCAUACGCGGGGAACUCGUCUGCGACUGGCAGCAACAGCAGCAAAGACAGCCCCAACUACGGCUCGAGCUAUCACCUGUGGCCAGAGAGCCCGCAUAAAGGAGAGGAGAGGAUACGCAUCGACCUCCAUAAGGGCACUACUGAGCAGAAGAAAGUGAGCCAUGCUGGAUCCAAGGCCUCCCUCUCCGAGAGCAGCGGCCGACUCCCUCAGAUAGCCAUGAACACCUGCAAGUACAAUGGCGGAGUGGUGAGACCACUAGUGGGCAGCCUGGCGUCCUCGUCGCGCCGCAACCUUGCGGAGCUCGACUCGGAGACCCAGCCCUUGCAGACGCUGCACAGCUCUGGCCUGGAGGUGGUGGUGUCCAAAGGCAACGGUGGCGAAGACCCCAGCAAGGCGUCCAACGAGAGCUUGGUCAGGGAGGGCAGCGGGCAGGGCGGAGGCAGGGCGCCGCAGAAGAAAAACAGGGACAUCGGCUACAGGCUCGGCCACCGGAGGGCGCUGUUCGAGAAGCGGAAGCGACUCAGCGACUACGCACUCAUCUUUGGGAUGUUUGGGAUUGUUGUCAUGGUGACGGAGACGGAACUGUCAUGGGGGGUUUACACUAAGGAAUCUUCAUACUCAUUUGCACUGAAAUGCCUUAUCAGCCUUUCCACUGUUAUAUUGCUUGGUCUUAUAAUAAUGUACCAUGCCCGGGAAAUCCAGCUGUUUAUGGUCGACAAUGGUGCGGACGAUUGGAGGAUAGCCAUGACGUAUGAGCGGAUCUUCUUCAUCGUGCUGGAGCUGCUGGUGUGUGCCAUCCAUCCCAUCCCGGGCCAGUACGUCUUCACCUGGACGGCGCGACUGGCCUUUACCUACACGCCGUCUGUGGCCGAUGCCGACGUGGACAUCAUCCUCUCCAUCCCCAUGUUCCUGAGACUCUACCUGAUAGGCAGGGUCAUGUUACUCCACAGCAAGCUGUUCACGGACGCUUCAUCUCGCAGCAUCGGUGCCCUCAACAAGAUCAACUUCAACACACGCUUUGUCAUGAAGACCCUCAUGACCAUCUGUCCAGGAACUGUUCUGCUGGUGUUCAGUAUAUCCUCCUGGAUCAUUGCUGCAUGGACUGUGCGCGUCUGUGAGAGGGAUACCAUGUAUCACGACAAGCAGGAAGUGACCAGUAACUUCCUGGGAGCCAUGUGGCUCAUCUCGAUCACCUUCCUCUCCAUUGGCUAUGGGGACAUGGUACCACACACGUACUGUGGGAAAGGCGUGUGUCUGCUUACAGGGAUUAUGGGAGCUGGUUGCACUGCACUGGUGGUUGCAGUUGUAGCCAGGAAGCUGGAGCUGACCAAGGCUGAGAAACAUGUCCACAACUUCAUGAUGGACACACAACUCUGCAAACGAGUAAAGAACACAGCUGCCAAUGUACUCAGGGAAACAUGGCUCAUCUACAAACACACAAAGCUGGUCAAGAAGAUAGAUCACGCCAAGGUGCGAAAACACCAGCGCAAGUUUCUCCAAGCCAUUCACCAAGCUCAGAAGCUGCGCAGUGUGAAGAUGGAGCAGAGGAAACUCAAUGAUCAGGCCAACACCUUGGUGGACCUGGCGAAGACCCAGAAUGUGAUGUAUGACCUGGUGUCAGAGCUGCAGGAGCGCAGUGAGGAGCUGGACAAGCGCAUCGGCACAUUGGAGGACAAGCUGGACUCGGUGACGGGCAGCCUGCAGGCACUGCCCUGCCUCAUCUCCCAAGCCAUAACCCAGCAGCAGCAGGAAUUCCUGGACGGCUUUGUUCACCGCUUUCGGCCCGCCUCACUAGCCUCGGAGCGCUCUGAACGCUCUGAGCGAUCCUGGACUUCCACCGCCCGUAGGCGGCGCUCUCCCUCCACAGCACCACACACGUCCUCUGAUAGCGGAUAACCUUGACGAACCCACUGCAAUCACCUUCGAGCCCCACCUUUCCCAAACCAACUCGUCACCUUAUUCUCUCCCAUCCAAAGCCGUCCCUGUAACCACUGGCGAGUCCAUGUCUGGACUGAUAAUGAAUCCAUAUCUUGACCCCAGAUCUGAUCCUUGCCCCUAUUCUCUCCCCUGUCAUCAAAUCCAAAAGCCAAUUCCUCUGUGACUGAGCCUCUCGGCACAGCACAGGACUGGAUCAGAGCUACUCCAAAAGAACAAAGAAAAGCAGACAAAGACUUAAAUCAAGAAAACACAAAUGCAUCCAAAAAAAAGAAAAAGAAGAAAAAAAUUAAAUGACUGAAAAACCGAGAUAAAGUAGAGAUAUGGUUUAUGUUUUAGCCAUUGUAUGGCUGUUCAAGUUAGCUUUUUUGUAAAAGCCCUUGUAUAGUUAAAAAAAAAUGACUGAGUUCAGGGUCGCAUGGGGUGAGAGCUGGCUAUCACACCGGAGAGUCCUUAACCACGAGGGGGGAAGUUGGUCUGUGGAGCCUCGGCUCACCUGCUGGUCCUCUGAGGCCACGGAGGACAUCCUUCCACCCAUCCGUCCGUCUACCUGUUUGUCUGGUGAGGAGAGCGAGACAAACCAUUGGAUUUCCCUUCCAAAAGACUAGUGUCAUGGAUUCUUUCCCAUAGGUUAGGGUGAAAGCUUUAGACGAGGCUAUAAAAGCUCUGACUUGAGGUCAGUGUUUGAAAAUGCACUUAAGGGGAAGGAGAAACUGUCACACAAAAGAAGAGCAAAGGGGAUGCAUAUGGCAUUACUACUGGGUAGGAAAAAUUUACACAGUUGCCAACUUCAAGGUUUCAGCUUCCUUGUUCUUACCAAGGGAAAAUGAGAGGGACUAUCUUUUUUAGUUACAUAUUGACAUGUGAUUUUUCAGUGCCUGAAUGUAUAAAUAGUAGAGGGUUAUUUAAUUACUAAUUUCAGAGCUUUUUUACGAUGUUAACAGUCUGAAUACAGCAUUGCAUUCCUUUUUCAGAUACAUUCCUCUCCAAAAAUUUAAAGAAAAUGUCUUAAUGUAACACAUAACAUUGCCUCCAUUACACAGCAAAUCUAAAUGUUUUGAAAAUCUUUUAUUUCUUCUAUUUCUACUAACACCGUGAGAAAUGAAAAAGUUCAGAGAACAAGCAAAAGUGAGACGGACUGAGAGAAUAUUUGUGAGUGCGUUUGUCAGAGAACGAGUUCACUUUUAGCUCAAUGCUGCACACUCAUACACACAACUAUGAAAUAUGUAGUCUACUUUUCUCACCACCACUAAUUAGAGCUUCCUGUGGUCUUCAGAUAAUGGCAUGGCUUGAGGUCUGCUGGUAUAUACGGCCACACAGGCACACAUCACUGGUCGAACUGAGAAGCCAACCCUGCCCUUUGCAUGGUUCUGUGCAAAAAUGACAAUGGAACACAAUCUUCCUCAGAAGGCUUGAUGAUUUUACAUGAUUUUGAUUUUAUUACAUUUAUUUUUGUUUGAUUGUUGCCUUUUUUUUUCUUUUAUUUAUUUCAAAAUUUGACUAGGAUACCUAGGGUUUUUAUAGUUGCAUAACCGAGAGAGUUGCAGUAAUGUGAUUCUGUAAUGCAUUCCCUGUUUAAAGUACGAGGUGAAGAAAAAUCUACAACUACAAAAGAAUCCUGAAAGGAUACAAAUUUAAAAGGAAUAGUUUUGGGCAAUGCAAUAAUUGAUUUGAGUCGAGUGUUGGAUGAGAAGAUUGAUACCAUUUUCGUUUUCGUAUGGUAAAUAUGAAGCUACUGCUAGCAGCCUGUUAGCUUAGCUUAACAUAAAGACUGGAAACAUGGGGAACGGUUUGCUUAGCUCCUUCUAAAACACAUUAUACCUUGUUUAUUUAAUCCGUAAAACACCUGCAAUAUAAACAGUGCAGUAACGUUCCUGCAGUCUGCUCUGUUUGCCUGGCAUCCUCAUGUUGACGACACAACUCCAGGGAAUAGGCCUUCCAUAAAAACACUUGUCGUUCAUACACUUUUUGUACGGACUUAAUUUGAUGGCUUUGGUGCUUGUAAGUGGAUUUUGUUACCUUUGUACAGAGCCAGGCUAGCUGUUUUCAUACGUUUUGCCUUAUUUAUGCUAAGCUAAGCUAACCAGCUGCUAGCGGUAGUUUCAUAUAUUUACGGAGAGUGGUAUCAAUGGUCUCCUCUAAGACUGAACAAGAAAAUGAAUAAGCAUAUUUCCCGAAAUGUCAGGCCUCUGUUUUGUCUCUCCGAAAGACAUUGAAACACAUUCACUAUGAUAGAGGAGACAUUGGAACAUUUUAAAUCUCAAAAGCAUGGUGUUUGAAGCAUCCUAGAGUAGUGAUGUUUGAAAUAUUUAAGAUCUUUAAAGUGAUUUCUUUCCAAAGUACAUAAAAAAAGCAGAUCAGGAAGUCAGCAGGUUAGCGGGCUAGCAUGCUGUCCAAAAGUAGUUUGAAUGGUAAUCUGAGUCCCAAAAGAAUGUUAGUGCUACAAGUCAUUUUUAUGGCCCCUUAAGUUAACAGACAAAUAGGAUCCUUAUUAUUUGAUGCAUCUUAAUUAUUUCCAAGCUGCUUUGCGUUGAAUCAGAGCAAAGUCUAAACCCUGUGAGACAGUGAGCGAGACCACUCUCCCACAGGCUCUGGACUCACCAGAGAGCACUUCAUUUGAGAACAUAUUCAGUUUGCUACGAGAGGAACUUAAUCAAGCAUGAGUAUUAGCUUUUUUCCUUUCAACUUGAGUUGAUGAAGCAUGACUCUUUACUGCCCCCACCUCUAGCCACUUCUCGUACAGUGCUACGCUACACCCUUCCAGUAGGAAGGGAUCUAUCAUGCCAUUACAGUCUCCGUUUCAAUCAGUGUCGUCCAACUAGUCAGGACGGCUAAUGGAAGACUAUCUGCUUGAUUACGGCCUUACCUGCCUUUUCGGAUCCAAGGUUUGCAUCUCUUCAUUACAUGGCAGGUUUAGCCUCGCGUUUGUCAUCUGUCAUUAAGAACAUCAGUCCCCCACACGCAAAGAGGAUUCCCAAAUGGCCUGCAGCAAAGACCAUUGAGUGGUUUGAAUGAAAAAACAAACAGAAAGAAGCAGGGGAACCGCCAGGUCAUGUUCCAUGUUGCACUCAGUGUGUAAUAUUCAGUUACACAAGGAAGGAUCCCAGAUUCUGAAGUGUCCUCCCCAGAGAGAUGUGAAGGUGCUGGUGUUAAGCACUUCAUCCUUCAUCAGGCAACAGGAGGGAAGGUGAGACAAGAUUGAAAAAAAAAAGAGAGAUGAGAGCAAUAGCUAAUUUACUGACGCGUUCGUUUUGGCCCAGGGGCGGGGGGGUUGUGAACAGCAAGAGUGGGUGUCCUGUAAAUAUGACCUCAUUGUAGAUGUCGCCAAGUAAACGGGACAAAUGGUGAACCGCGGGGGUUAAAGUAGUUGGGUGCAAUGCACAGCAUGUUGCAAGUGCAGUAGACAAACAGUCGAGAAAGGAUACAAAUGAUUUUAAAUUCUGUCAAAUUAAAGAUCAUAUUUGAUUAAUUUCACACCUUUUUCUGCUGAUGGAGGUAUAAUCAGGUUCUGUUUUUUUUUUAUCCUGUUGUAAAGGUUUGUUUUCUUCUUCACUCCUUAUCCUGUCACCAACAAAGUCCUGCCAAAACACCAUUCCAAAAUUGAAUAAAGACCCGAUUUUCUCGACCAGAAAAUAAAAAAUGCACAGUAUUUUGUAGUUAAGUGAGGAACAUUCAUGAUGUUAUUCUGAUGAUGGUAGAUGAGUCAAAGUGAUAAACGCAUCCCAGAGUCUUUUAUUAUCCUGAAAAAGUAGGCUUUCCUCAUAGAGCAGGAAUCAGAACACACUUCUACUGAACAAUAACGGAGUGAAAAAACCCCAACAAGUGAAGAAAUGUAACCCAAUCAUUGUUCUGUGUACACUGCCACAUGAUGCAUAAUGUACGUAGUAGCACUGGAAUAAAUCAACUUUUAAUGGAUGGCAAAUGGGUUUAACAUGUUCUCUGUAAACUGUUUGCUGUUCCUUCAUUUUGCAGGUGAACUUUUGUCCUAGCAAGGAGAGACACCAAGGUCAAAUCAUUAAAGACUAUCUUCAGCUAUGA